ACUCGGGCAGAAAACUGAACUUCGCUGUGUGAUCUGUGUCGCUCUCUCUCAGACGCAGUCUCGAGCCCAGAGCUUCUCGCAGGUGCAGUUGAUAACUGGAGCCCUAGCCCUCGUCCUGAGCACCUCUGAAGGGGAAAGGAACCAGGGCAGGCAACAGUUACUCAAGGUCGGAGCGGCCAUGCAAUCAGUCCUUGGGCUCCAUGGCGAACAGCACAGCCGUUGUGAUGUCACAGCUAGAGCAGGAAGAAAGGUCAGGUGUUGCCAAUAGCGACACAGUUUACCCACACUGAGCCCCUGCUCUGCUUCAGCGGGCACUGUGAAGGAGCACUGUAGUGAUGAAGGCAGUUUUUAAGUUCGCACUUUUGGAAGGCCAUGUCACGUCACAAAUAUCACCCAAGGCUAUACAAGGGGAAGAAAAACGUACCUACACUCCCAAAACAACAGGAAUGCUGAGCUGGCCUUCAGCCAGGCAUGGCUCAACACAUGGGAUAAAAUUUCAAUUUAGAAUUAUGGGAAGUUGCUGGUGUUAGGAGUAGAAUUCUGGUUUGGUGAGUUUCGGGGCAGGGAGUAUACAAAGAGACAACCUUGCUACUGUGAGACAGGCACUGAAGAAGAAAGGCAGAGAGGAGACUAAACUUUUCCCACACUUGCCGUGCUGGUUUGGGUUACUUUAUCCUGCCUUGGGUUGUUUUCUCUUUCUUUUUAUUAGUUUGUCUUGUAUUCCCAAACACCUGAGGUUGCGUCCUUCUUAUUUCAGUGAGUGGGACAUGUAAAGCUGGAAAGUGUUAUCAAGACUCUGAGUGUGUCCGCUUUAGCUAGUUUUCCUUAAGAACUUUCUUUUUUUUUCAGUGCAGUGGAAUGUGCAGCUUAUGUCAGUGAGAGUCAGGUAUUUUACUCCAGCUAGUACUAAUUACCAGCUUCUCCCUGAGACUUGCCCGAGUGCGAGAAGCAGAAGGAACUCUGUGCAUUGAGCGGGUGAAAUCUUCCCAUAAACGAUCAUUUGGGGCUGUAGCUGGACCGUCCUUCCAGAAACCAAGAAGAUGCAGUUGUGUGCUCUCCAGGUCCGUGACGUUCCUCAGUAAAUGGUAUCACAGACCGUGGCCGAAGUGUCCUUCUCCUCAGAAACUUCAAACAGGCCUCAGAACAAAUUGAAUGGUUUUGGCAUAAUGACUGCUGAGGACUCCGCUGCCGCCAUGAGUAACAGUUCCUCCAACAAGUCCGCGUGCAAGGUGCCGGAAGGGGUGGCGGGAGCCCCCAACGAGAGCGCCCUCCUGGCCCUGAUGGAACGCACGGGGUACGGCAUGGUGCAAGAGAACGGACAGCGCAAAUACGGCCCCCCCCCGGGCUGGGAGGGACCCUCCCCCCCGCGGGGCUGCGAGAUCUUCGUGGGCAAGAUCCCCCGGGACGUCUACGAGGACGAGCUGGUGCCCGUGUUUGAGUCCGUGGGGCGCAUCUACGAAAUGCGGCUGAUGAUGGACUUUGAUGGCAAGAACCGGGGCUACGCCUUCGUCAUGUACACGCAGAAGCACGAGGCCAAGCGGGCCGUCCGGGAGCUCAACAACUACGAGAUCCGUCCCGGGAGGCUGCUGGGAGUGUGCAGCAGCGUGGACAACUGCCGGCUGUUCAUCGGGGGCAUCCCCAAGACGAAGAAGCGCGAGGAGAUCCUGGAGGAGAUCUCCAAGGUGACGGAAGGCGUCCUGGAUGUGAUCGUGUACGCGAGCGCGGCGGACAAAAUGAAGAACCGGGGGUUCGCCUUCGUGGAGUACGAGAGCCACCGGGCCGCCGCCAUGGCCCGGAGGAAACUCAUGCCGGGCCGCAUCCAGCUGUGGGGCCACCAGAUCGCCGUGGACUGGGCCGAGCCGGAGAUCGAUGUGGACGAGGACGUCAUGGAGACGGUCAAGAUCCUGUACGUCCGGAACCUCAUGAUCGAGACCUCGGAGGAAACCAUCCGGAAGAUCUUCAGCCAGUUCAACCCGGGCUGCGUCGAGCGGGUGAAGAAAAUCCGUGACUAUGCCUUUGUGCACUUCACCGGCCGGGACGACGCCGUCAACGCCAUGGACAAACUCAAUGGAUCGGAAGUGGAGGGGUCCUGCAUUGAAGUCACUCUGGCCAAGCCGGUGGACAAGGAGCAAUACACACGAUACCAAAAAGCAGCAAAGGGUGUAACGCCAACGCAAGAAACCCCACAAGCCAACUACGUUUACCAGUGCGACCCUUACACACUAGCCUACUACGGAUACCCUUACAACGCGCUGAUAGGACCCAACAGAGAUUACUUUGUUAAAGCAGGUACUGUAAGGGGCAGAGGGCGCGGGGCAGCUGGGAAUAGGGCCCCAGGUCCCAGGGGCUCAUACCUGGGGGGAUACUCUGCAGGCCGUGGCAUCUACAGCAGAUACCAUGAAGGGAAGGCCAAGCAACAGCAGGAGAAACCCUACGAGCUUGUUCCCAGCCUGGAACUGACUGCAGUCAACCCAGUGGGCAUUAAACCUGGCACAAUGGCUCUGCCCACACUAGGCGCCCAGUACCCAGUGUUCUCUGCAGGCCCAGCCACCAAGCUGAUGGAGGACGGGAAGAUCCAUGCAGUGGAGCACCUGAUGAACCCCAUAGCAGUCCAGCAUGACCCCUCGGCGGCCCCCACCGCCGCUGUCAUGCCGGCUGUCUCCACGCCCCCGCCAUUUCAGGGCCGCCCCAUCACCCCGGUGUACACGAUGGCUCACAACAUCCAGAGGAUCCCCGCCACCACUCUGUACGGAGCGAGCUACGUACCCAUCGCGGCGCCCGCAUCCACCGCCACGCUGGCGGCCCUGCAGAAGAACGCCGCAGCCGCUGCCGCCGCCGCCGCCUACGGAGGCUACGCCAGCUACGUACCUCAGGCGUUCCCCACGGCCACCUUCCAGGUCCCCAUCCACGAUGUGUACCAGACGUACUGAAGACCCGCCUCCCAAAACACUGAAGGAACACUUUCGUAUUUAUGAAGAGCGAACUCCGCGGAGAAUGUCCUUUUUUCGUCUGGUUUUUUCUUUUUUUUUUUUUUUUUGUUUUUU